AGGGAAAUUUAUAGUUUUCAUUCGCAGGUUUAUUUUCCCCUAAAACGUGUUGCUUGUGACCCCAACAUAUCUUCGCUGGGUUUUUACACAUGUUUGCAUAUAGAUGAUCGAGCUACCUCAUGAAUGAGCCCAGUUUAAGAGCUUUUCCUUCAUCACCAUCGGUUAUGGCCUCUAUGUCAAUGUGGCGUUCAUCUUCCUGAGUGCAUUUGAUCCCAUUUAAUCAAUUUCUAAAGAAAAUCUCCAGUGCAAUGCAAACAAAAACAUUAUGUUAAAGCCUGCAUUCCUCGGGGUUGUUAAAUGUAACCUAAGUUGAUUCUGUGUGCGCUGUAUUUUGCCUGUUUUCAUGUUGUUUUUCUGCUUCGGUCGUUCAUAGUAGUAUCAGUAUAAAGCUCACAUCAAUAUCAAGUCUUAUUUAAGCACAAUGUUUAAUCGAUUAUACAAUGAUAUGCAAGGUACGGAUGGACCUUUAGGUGGUCCUGAUGUCAGGAGGAGGAUCCCAAUCAAACUUCUUCCCAAACAGGCCAGGAAUAAACCUGCCCCACGACCCCAAAGACCAGCGGGACGGUUACCGUCCAAAGCCCAUUCUGGAGAGGAAGGGUUUAACAUCAAGCAGGAGGACCGAUUUGAUUGUGGCGUGAAAGCUGGAGACGCGUUUGCGAGCCAGCGUCGGUUCCCACAGCAGCUGUACUGGGAUUACAAGCUUAAUUUGAUUGGUGAAAAGGAUGAAACACCUGUUCAUUUCUGUGACAAAUGUGGACUGCCAAUUAAGACAUACGGCCGUAUGAUCCCAUGUAAGCAUGUUUUCUGCUAUGAGUGUGCGUUACAUCAUGAAAGGAAGGGUGAUAAGAUGUGUCCAGGUCUAAACAUGUACAGCUGUACAGACCCGGUCCAGCGGAUUGAACAGUGCCAGCGUGGCUCUCUCUACAUGUGUAGUAUCGUUCAGGGUUGCAAACGCACCUAUUUGUCCCAGAGAGACCUGCAGGCUCACAUCAACCACCGGCACAUGCGGUCCGGCAAGAACUCCAGCAGCCGCUCUGACCCUGUCUACCUUCCUCCCACCUCGGAGGUGUCCGACCGCUUCCGCGUACCCCCGCCUCACCUGCCAAAGCCCCAUGUGCUCAUCCCUCCUCCUCUGGCUCAUCCAGGACACGACACCUACAGUCAGCCUCCCUCUGCCUCCCAUGAUGAUCUCCGACCUCCGCAAGGCCAACCGCCUGGAGAUAUGGGACCAUCCCGCUCUCUCCCUCAGGAGACCUUCCGCAUCUCGACCGUCACCACGCGGAAGCACAGCAACCUCAUCACCGUUCCCAUCCACGACGAUUCCGCAAGCUCCGGACCAUCCCGUGACCCCCUCCCCCAGCCCGGCAAUGCUCCGCCCCCUCACCAUCACCCAGGAGACUAUCCAGGUCAGCCCGUUGUGACCCAUCCACAUCACAUGAUGGCGCCUCCUCAGCAGCACUACGGCCCCCCGCCGCCCCCUCCCCCAAUCAGUCACCCUAUGCCACACCCAGGACAGGGCUCAAACACACCUCACAUGGUUUUCAACCAGGCCCCUCCGCCACUGUCAUCUGUUCCCCCUCCCAUCACCCCGCCUCCUGGACACCUCAUUGGUCAGAUGCCCCCCUUUAUGAACCAUCCUCCUCCAGGGCCGCCCCCUCAGCACGGAGGUCCCCCUGUCAGUGCUCCGCCUCCCCACCAUUACAACCCCCAGUUUCCCGAGGACAAGAGCACACUCAGCCCACCAUUCAACCAGCCUGGGGGCUUGAGUCCCGGAAUGUGGCCGGCACCCAGGGGUCCCCCUCCUCGAAUGCAGGGUCCCCCUCCACAGGGGCAGAUGCCAGGGCCACAUCACCCCGAUCAGGGCCGCUACAGACCGUAUUACCAGUAAUAACGUGGUUUUGUUGUUGAUAAAUAAAGUGAUUUAGUAUGUAAACCUGGCAGGGAUUCGAAUGGAUAUUGUACAGUCUGAAACAUUUAACUGUAUAAUAAAGAUUAGUACUGAAUGGUGUAUUAAAUCUUCUUUUCGUCAGAUAUUCAAACAUUUGCCUUUUAAUAAUUCAGCCCAUCCAUGCUGCAUUUUAGGGGCUUUUGUUGAAUGUGGUGUUUCUUGAAUGUAAUCAAAAUUAAAUGUACAAAUUAAA